AUGGUACCAAAUGAUGGUUCCUUGAAGUCUUUAAGCUUAAUGAAGAUCUACGAAGAGUCGCUUCUUGGGGGUGAUCCCAAUAAUACGAAAUUACUUGUGUUCGCAACUCGUUAUAUGUUGAAACAGAUACCGGCAGAUCCCCAUAUUUUUCUACUGGGGAAGAAACUGUUUCCUGUGACUUCAGUCGCCGAUCUAGGCAUGACACUGGAUAGCGGUUUAACGUACGAUGAACACGUCACAAAACUGGUUUCCUCUUGUGUCGGUAGCCUGUGUCAAAUUAAUAGAGCAAGGCAUGUUUUUGAUAUGAAAACGUUAAUUCUUUUAAUAAAUGCCCUGGUUUUUUAG